GGCAGCGAGGCCGGGACCCCCCCCGGUACCGGAACCGGUACCGGAACCGGGAGCGGCGCCAUGGACGAUUCGGGCGUGAUCCGGCGGCGGCGGCUGCAGAAGGAGCUGCCGCUGCCGCGGAAGAGCAGCAGCUGCCGCACGAGCAACCGGAAGAGCCUGAUCCUGACCAGCACCUCCCCCACCCUGCCGCGGCCGCACUCGCCGCUGCCCGGACACAUCGGUACGAGCCCCCAGGACAGCCCCAGGAACUUCUCCCCGAGCGCCCCCGCGCACUUCUCGUUCGGAGCGUCCCGCCGGGCGGACGGGCGCCGCUGGUCGCUGGCCUCGCUGCCCUCCUCGGGCUAUGGCACCAACACCCCCAGCUCCACCGUCUCGUCGUCGUGCUCGUCGCAGGAGCGGCUGCACCAGCUGCCGGCGCAGCCCACGGCCGAGGAGCUGCGGUUCCUGUCCCGCCACUUCGGCAGCUCCGAGAGCCUCGCCGAGGAGGAUGGGGGGGCCCGGGGGGGCGCGGCCGCCCCCAGACCCCGCUCCCGCAGCCUCAGCCCCGGGCGCUCGCCCUCGUCCCACGACAACGAGAUCGUGAUGAUGAACCACGUGUACAAGGAGAGGUUCCCCAAGGCCACGGCGCAGAUGCAGGAGCGCCUGGAGGAGUUUGUGCGGGGCUGCGGCCCCGGCGGGACCCCCCUGGCCGACGGCGCCCUGAGCUUCAUCCAGCACCAGCUGGCAGAGCUGGCCCGGGACUGCCUGGCCACGGCCCGGCACGGCCUCAUCACGGCGGGAUACUUCUGCGAGCUGCAGGAGAGCAUGGAGAGGCUGCUGCAGGACGCCUACGAGCGCUCCGAGUCGGAGGAGGUGGCCUUCAUCACCCAGCUGGUGAAGCGGCUCCUCAUCAUCAUCUCCCGCCCCGCACGCCUGCUCGAGUGCCUGGAGUUUGACCCCGCGGGGCUGUCGCAGCUGCUGGGCCGGGCCGAGGGGCCCCUGCGAGCCGACACCCCCGACAUGCUGCACCUGGAGGAGCCCGACAGCAGCGGCACCAACACGCCGGAGCCCGAGGAGGGGGCUGAGGUGGGCGCUGCCACCCCCGUGUCCCCCCAGUGGCCGCGCUGCGCCGCCCCCCGGCCCAAGGAGCCGCCAGGUGAGAACGACUUCGAGACCAUCAAACUGAUCAGCAACGGCGCCUACGGGGCGGUGUACCUGGUGCGGCACACGGCCACGCGGCAGCGCUUCGCCAUGAAGAAGAUCAACAAGCAGAACCUGCUGCUGCGGAACCAGGUGCACCAGGCCUUCGUGGAGCGCGACAUCCUCACCUUCGCCGAGAACCCCUUCGUGGUCAGCAUGUUCUGCUCCUUCCAGACCCGCCGCCACCUCUGCAUGGUCAUGGAGUACGUGGAAGGCGGUGACUGUGCCACGCUGCUCAAGCACAUCGGGGCGCUGCCCCUGGAGCUGGCCCGGCUCUACUUCGCCGAGACCGUGCUGGCCCUGGAGUACCUGCACACCUACGGCAUCGUGCACCGCGACCUCAAACCCGACAACCUCCUGAUCACGUCUCUGGGCCACGUGAAGCUGACGGAUUUCGGGCUCUCCAAGAUGGGGCUGAUGAGCCUGACCACCAACCUGUACGAGGGGCACAUGGAGAAGGACGCGCGCGAGUUCCGCGACAAGCAGGUGUGCGGCACCCCCGAGUACAUCGCCCCCGAGGUGAUCCUGCGCCAGGGCUACGGCAAGCCCGUGGAUUGGUGGGCCAUGGGCAUCGUCCUCUACGAGUUCCUGGUGGGCUGCGUGCCCUUCUUCGGGGACACCCCCGAGGAGCUCUUCGGGCAGGUGAUCUCAGAUGAGAUCCUGUGGCCGGAGGGGGACGAGGCGCUGCCCCCGGACGCUCAGCACCUCAUCUCGUGCCUGCUGCAGCCCGACCCGCUGCGGCGCCUGGGGGCAGGGGGCGCACAGGAGGUGAAGGCUCACGGCUUCUUCGCGGACUGGACGGGGCUGCUGCGGCAGAAAGCCGAGUUCGUGCCGCACCUCGAGUCCGAGGAGGACACGAGCUACUUCGACAGUGAGCGAGGGAGGGACCCCCGGACCCCCACGGGACCCCCACGGGAACCCCCAGACCUGCCACGGGACCACCCCUUGGGGGACCCCUUGGAUCAGCCCUGGCCCCUCCCUGGGACCCCCCUGGAACAUCCCAGGACCCCCUGGGACCCCCUGGAACAUCCUGGGACCCCCCAGAACACCCUGGGACAUCCCAGAACCCCCCCCAGAUCCCCCUGGAAGAUCCUGGGACCCCCUGGAACACCCCGGGACCCUCCCGGAACAUCUUGGGACUCCGAGAAUCCCCUGGAACAUCCUGGGACCCACCCAGAAGCCCCCAGAAACCCCUGGAACAUCCCAGGACCCCCAGCCCCUCCCAGGGGUCUCUCCUCCCUCGAGCCCGUGUCGGACAGGUACCCCCACGUGACGUCGUACGAGGACGAGGGACACGACCGAGGACGAGCCCCGUGGAGAUCCGGCAGUUCUCGUCCUGCUCGCCGCGCUUCAGCAAGAGUGUACAGCAGCCUGGAGCAGCUCUCGCAGGAGCCCAAGGCCAAGGGGCGCCCGCGGGACGAGGGGAGACGGGACGGCUUCACCCGGGAGCGCGGCUGGAGAACCGGAUCGCCGGAGCUGUGCGUGCACGGGGGGCCCGGGGGUCCCGGGGGGUCCUGGGGAGUCCCAGGGCUCCCUGACCCCCGGCCCCCGCCGCGUCCCCGCAGGAAGCACCGCUCGGCCGGUGCCGGUGCCGGUGCCGGUGAGGGGGGGGGCGCCGCCGCCCCCGAGGGCGAGGGCAGCCCGCCGCCGGGCGCGCGCCGCCGCUUCUCGGCGCUGCUGGAGCCCGCGACCCCCCGCCCGAGGAACGGCCGAGCCCCCCCCGCAACGGGGCCGCGGACGGGACCCCCGAGGAAGCGCCGGGUGACGGAGCGAGCCCCGCGGGGCCCGGAGCCGCCCCCGGCCCGCACCGAGCUGGGGCUGCGGCGCCCGCGGCACCCGGGGGUCGCUCCCGCCGAGCCCGGCGGCGACAAACGGAGCCCCCGCGCCCCCGGCAAGGUCACCAAGUCGGCGUCGGCCACGGCGCUGUCCGUCAUCAUCCCCAGCGGGGAGGCGCCCGGCUCGUCCCCGCUGGGCAGCCCGAUGUCGCCGCGCUCGCUCUCCUCGGACCCCUCGUCCCGGGACUCGUCCCCGGGCCGCGAGCUCGCCCCGGCCGUGGCGGCGCCGCCGCGCUCGCCCAUCGCCACCCGGCCCGGCAAGAAGUUCGGCUUCACCCUGAGAGCCAUCCGCGUGUACCUGGGCGACAGCGACGUCUACAGCGUGCACCACGUCGUCUGGCACGUGGAGGAGGGCGGCCCCCGGCAGGAGGCCGGGCUGUGCGCGGGGGAUCUCAUCACGCACGUGAACGGGGAGCCGGUGCACGGGCUGGUGCACACCGAGGUGGUGGAGCUCAUCCUCAAGAGCGGGACCAAGGUGCUGGUGACAACGACGGCGCUGGAGAACACCUCGAUCCGCCUGGGCCCCGCGCGGCGCCGCAGCGCCCGCGCCAAGAUGGCCCGGAGGAACCGGCGGGGGGGCACCGGGAGCGGCCACGAGAGGCGGCGCAGCGCGCUGUUCCGGCACCUGGCGCGCCAGGCCUCGCUGCUGCACACGAGCCGCUCGCUGACGUCACUGAGCCGCUCGCUCUCCUCCUCCGACUCGCUGCCCGCCUCCCCCACGCACGCGCGGGCGCGCGAACCCGGGGCCUCCCCGCCCAGCAGCUCUCCGGGCUCCAGCGCUCCCCCGUCGCCGGCGGGCCCGCACCUGCGGCCGAGCUCGCUGCAGGGGCUGUCGCCGAAGCUGCAGCGGCAGUACCGGGCGGCGCGGUGCCGCUCCGCCGGCAGCAUCCCCGCUCUCGCCGCUCGCGCACCACGCCCUCGCCGCCCGCCGCCUCGCCGCCCGCCUUCCCCGCCAAGCUGCACCCCAAGGCCGCCCGAGUCGCCGCGCCUCGCCCGCCGCGGGCUGCCCGAGAAGGCGGCGCCGGGGCCGCCCCGCAAGCUGGGGCUGGAGCCGCCGCGCAAGGACUUCCCGGCCGAGCCGCCGCUGCAGAGCUUGGCCGAGUGGGACGGCGAGGGGCCCGGCCGAGCCGCCGCCGCCGCCGCCCGCGGGCCCCGCGCGCCGCCUGGGCCGGCAGGAGCUGCCGCUGCUGCUCGGGGGCCCGCCCGGGCCGGAGCCGCCGCCGCCGCCGCCGGGAGCGGAGGAGCCCGAGCGGGGCGCGCGGGGCCCGCCCAAGGCGCUGAGCCCGGUGCAGGAGCACGAGCGCGGGGCGGCGGCGCCGGUGCCCAUCGUGGUGGUGGGGCCCGGUGCGACCCCCGGGGACCCCCGCGGCGCCGCGGGCCCCCCCGGGCGCUGAGCUUGACCCGAGCGCCCCCGCCCCGGAGCCCCGGUUGUAAAUAG